GCAGUGAUCGUUAGUUACAGAUACAGAGGGAACCCAAAGAAACGCCGAAAAUGUCGCAACGCCUUUCAUCAUCAGAUUUUCCCACUCACAAACCCUAAUUUCCCAUUUGGCAUUCCCUCAUUAUUAUUUCUACAACACAAAUUCAGAUAUUCAACGGCAACAGCUUUGAGUCCUAUCUUUUUUAUUUAUUUUCUAUUUUUUACAAAAUUAGGGUUUAUCAAUCAAGGGGUUUCUCCUUCUUACAUUUUUUCUAAUAUUUGGGUUUUGAAGGUUUGUAAGUUUUCAAUUUCUAUUUCUCGGGCAAUUUUUCGAUUCAAUUGCGGUGUGGGAGGAGGGUUUCCUAUCACAAAAAAGAAAAAGAGAGGUGAGCAGGAGGCAGAGGACUGCUGAUCGUCCCGAUGGGGUCAUUUGGAAUUGGGGACCGAAGGGCUUCUUUGUAAUGAUUCAAUUAUGGACUUGGAACCUGGCAGCAGAAACAGUAAGCAUUCAGAAAUAGUUGUUGAUGGAAGUGGAGGCAGUAAGCACUCAGAAACGUCAAAGGCUCCUGAUGCGAGUGAUAGAAAUAGCCAUUCAACAAUACAUCCAGAGGCUGAUGCUAAUGAAGGUGAUCUGCGUGACCCGUCCAGAAAGCUAAUCUCUUUGUCCUCUUUGUCUUCAGUGGCAUCAGACUCGUCAUUGGAAGAUCUCUUCCAAGUGGACACAAAUAGAAUUUCCACUUCACCAUAUAUUGCUUCCCUCCCUAAACAUCAUGACCACAGCUCUCUGGGUCCUGCAUCAACAUCCCGAGUUUCGGAUGUUGGGCAUGGUAUGUCACCGACAGAAUCCCCCACAGUCCAAAUGAUGGAACGGAGUGGAGGAUAUGAUCCUUGCAGGAUCCCGUCUUCUGUGUUUGCAAGAAGUAAAUCCAACAAAGAAAUGGAAUGGAGUGUUGCUUCCAAUGAGUCAUUGUUUAGCAUUCAUUUAGGCAACAAUAGCUUUUCCAGAGACCAUAUAUUUUUGCUGGGUGAUUUGACUAAGUCUGGGGAACUAUAUAAAUCAGGCGAGUUGUUUGGGCUCAGUCCACACCCUCCUCCAAUUCCUGAGCUAGAAAUUGAAAGCAAUGGGAUUGAAGAGGUGAGGGAAUCUGGAGCUGAAGGAAUGGCAGAUGAGACCGUCAAGGACACUGCAAGAACAAAUGCCGAAGAUCAUAGUGAGGGAAGAGUACCACCUCCAAAUGUAUCCUUCAAAUCCCAUAGCCUCUCCCGCCGUUCCGAUGGGAGUGGAGCUAGCACACGCUCUUUUGCCUUCCCAAUGUACGUCUAUAUAAAUUUUCUAAGAUUGACAGAUGGGAUGAAAAAUUCUAUGAAGGUUACACAGUAUACCGAAGAGAAGUGUCUGGAGCCACCAGCAGCGGCCAAAGUAUCGACUAAAAAAGUAACCAAAUCAAAACCCACCUAUUGGUGUCGGUGCUUUUCUUGGUGCAAGUGGGGUUGUUCUUGUCAUCGUCACUGUUCUAGUCCUUCUUGUUCUUGCUGUGGUGGUUGUUGUUGAGAAAUUUUCAUCUAGUGGGAAGCCCUGAAUGCUACACGAAAUCUGCAAUGCUUUGCAUUCCAAAGGCAUACGAAGAAGAACAACCCAGGUCUCUCUCUCUCAUUUGCCAUAUCAUAAAGUAAUGUGAGCAGAGCAGGCUGUGAAAAACCUUGACAGACAAAACUUUAUGUCAACAUGCUGUUCCAGGAAGAAUGUGCUACCAAUUUGACAAGAGCAAUCUGCCAAGCCAAUCACGGGCAUAGCUAGCAACUUUCUUCGCAACGGAAGCUGAUUUUAAUUGAAGCAUGGAUUUGAAUGACAGAACAUUCAGCAGCAGAAUCAGCACCAGCCCUUAUGUUAUCUUGAUUUAUCAGGCAUGGUCCGAGAGUACAGAGCGGGCUCAUCACAUGUUACCAAAAUCUCCUUCCAACAAAGAAUACUUUGGUAAUGUACAUAACCAAUUUGAGAUGCCAUAUGAUCAUUUAGUUUUAAAUAUGCAGGUCCAUCCAUGAGAAAAGGAUCCACAAAUUUAUUUUUUAUUAUAGUUACCUGGAUAUUUUCUUCAAAUGAGACUGUCGCUGAAACGAUAAGCAGGAUAUUUCACAA